GAAGAAGAAGAAGAAGAAGAAGAAGAAGAAGAAGAAGAAGAAGAAGAAGAAGAAGAAGAAGAAGAAGAAGAAGAAGAAGAAGAAGAAGAAGAAGAAGAAGAAGAAGAAGAAGAAGAAGAAGAAGAAGAAGAAGAAGAAGAAGAAGAAGAAGAAGAAGAAGAAGAAGAAGAAGAAGAAGAAGAAGAAGAAGAAGAAGAAGAAGAAGAAGAAGAAGAAGAAGAAGAAGAAGAAGAAGAAGAAGAAGAAGAAGAAGAAGAAGAAGAAGAAGAAGAAGAAGAAGAAGAAGAAGAAGAAGAAGAAGAAGAAGAAGAAGAAGAAGAAGAAGAAGAAGAAGAAGAAGAAGAAGAAGAAGAAGAAGAAGAAGAAGAAGAAGAAGAAGAAGAAGAAGAAGAAGAAGAAGAAGAAGAAGAAGAAGAAGAAGAAGAAGAAGAAGAAGAAGAAGAAGAAGAAGAAGAAGAAGAAGAAGAAGAAGAAGAAGAAGAAGAAGAAGAAGAAGAAGAAGAAGAAGAAGAAGAAGAAGAAGAAGAAGAAGAAGAAGAAGAAGAAGAAGAAGAAGAAGAAGAAGAAGAAGAAGAAGAAGAAGAAGAAGAAGAAGAAGAAGAAGAAGAAGAAGAAGAAGAAGAAGAAGAAGAAGAAGAAGAAGAAGAAGAAGAAGAAGAAGAAGAAGAAGAAGAAGAAGAAGAAGAAGAAGAAGAAGAAGAAGAAGAAGAAGAAGAAGAAGAAGAAGAAGAAGAAGAAGAAGAAGAAGAAGAAGAAGAAGAAGAAGAAGAAGAAGAAGAAGAAGAAGAAGAAGAAGAAGAAGAAGAAGAAGAAGAAGAAGAAGAAGAAGAAGAAGAAGAAGAAGAAGAAGAAGAAGAAGAAGAAGAAGAAGAAGAAGAAGAAGAAGAAGAAGAAGAAGAAGAAGAAGAAGAAGAAGAAGAAGAAGAAGAAGAAGAAGAAGAAGAAGAAGAAGAAGAAGAAGAAGAAGAAGAAAAAGAAAAUGUUUCGUUACAUAUUGCUGUCUUGGACUCUCCCAGCCCGACCAAGAGCCUUUAG